GCUCAGGGGCCCAGGAGUCUCACUCUCCCUCCCAGCUUCUCGGUGUUACCAGGGACUUAGCAGUGCCAGCCAAAUUGGUCAUGGCUGCAACAUAUGCCUCGGUGCAGAAGCGAGGUCACACUCCAGGCCCAGCAGCAACCCAUGAGCCUGCAGAAGCAGAGCUUGAGAAGGCUGUGUAUAGCACUGUCAAGCCCAGGGCCCUUCGGAGUGGGUCCCAUCCCCCCAUGGAAUACACUCCAGUGGUCUUCCCCAGCUCAGCAGCCUUGGAAAGCCCAGCAUGUUCCUCGCCAGGUUCUGGGAGACCCUUACUGUCUCCGGUCAUGGCCCCCAGCACUGCAAGGAAAGCUAGCAUCCACUCCAGGAACUGUCCUGGGCCAGAGGCCUAUGAGGAUGUAACAGACAUUGGAGGUUCAGGCCUGGGCCCCAGUGGCUUCCAGCCCAGCAGCACUCUUGGCUUCAACAUUCGAAUUGGGAAACCGAAAGGUCCCCGAGAUCCCCCAGCUGAAUGGACUCGAAUGUAGGAAAGCUGUGAGAUUCCUGCCUUUCUGCCUGCAGCGCAGGCCCAUCAAGGCAAACAGAGGGUGGCAGGUGGGCAACCAAAUUCGCUUUUUACAAUAAAGUUUUCCCCAUCCUGGAUGAGGUGUUCUUA